AUGUGGAAGGUUUCUUUAUGGGGGCUCACCCAAUGCCUCUUCUGGGGUAGUGUAGCUGGGAUAGGAGAGCGUGAGGAUUGCGAUCCCGUUUACUUAACGACGACGGUAUUUGCUACUAGGACCAUAUAUACGACAGCUGCCCCUAACGGGACAGCGCCAACUUGUCCAGGGGCUCCAUGGGGUAACACGACUACGGCUUCAAUUCCCAGCACAAGCACUUCGAGCUCGAAUACUAGUAUAGGUACUACAAGUCUGAGUACUAGUAUAGGGAGCACGACUAGCGCUCCAUUUGGCAACACUACCACGAGUGCUACGAGCCCUACUAGUAUCCCAUCUGGAAACACUACAACCACCGUGACAAGUAUUCCCAGCACUUCCUUUGGAAACACCACGAUAAGUUCUACAAGUGCCACUAGCCCUCCGUUUGGAAAUACUACUACGACUGCUACAAGCGCUACUAGCCCUCCAUAUGGUAACACGACUACAAGCAAUACCCUCCCCCCAACUACGACCCCAACCAUUUCUCUGAAUACAACUUCGACCACAUCGAUACCAAGCACGGCUUCGUCGACUACGUCACAGCCAGCAGAACCUACCGAGCCCAUACCUCCACCAAAACCACCGGGCCACUUCAGAGGUUUCAAGAAUGCCGUCUACUUCACGAAUUGGGGCGUCAACUCGGGCUUUCACCCUCAGGAACUACCUGUUUCUGAACUCACGCACAUCCUCUAUGCCUUUGCCGAUAUCGACCUGGACGGGACUGUGAAGUCUUCAGACCCAGUUGUAGAUCUUCAGACGCGCUACCCUGAGGACUCGAAGUCUAACCGCACCAAAGAUGCUUAUGGUGCCAUUAAGCAGCUGUUCAUCCACAAGAAGUAUAACCGAAACCUCAAGACGCUCCUCUCCAUAGGGGGCUGGAACUACUCGCCCAAAUUCGCAACCGUAGCUGCGACUGAUGCGACAAGACACACGUUUGCAACAUCUGCGGUACAGCUAGUCACGGACUGGGGCUUUGAUGGCAUCGACAUCGAUUGGGAGUAUCCUACCAAUGAAGUUGAGAAAGCGAAUUUUGUCAAGCUGCUCGAGGCUUGCAGGCACGCGCUUGACCAAUAUACGCUUCUUCAUGAACUGAGGCAUAGAUUUACUAUCAGCGUAGCGAGCCCGGCUAGCUCGUUGAACUAUGAGAAAUUAGACUUGACCGCCAUGAAUAAAUAUGUGGACCAUUGGAAUUUGAUGGCCUACGACUAUUCCGGAAGCUGGGAUACAGUCAGUGGGCACCAAGCCAAUGUAUUCGAAUAUAAGAGUGGUCCCACCGCGAAUAACCUAAGUACGGACAAUGCUAUUGACCACUACAUAUCCCGAGGCAUUCAUCCGCGGAAGAUCCUUAUGGGAAUACCCCUAUACGGCCGAUCUUUCGAGGGUACUUCCGGCCUCGGGCAGAACUACUCGACUGUCGGAGAAGGAGGUCCGCAAGCCGGAGUUUGGUAUUACAAGGACCUACCGAAACCAGGGGCCAAGGUUGUAUACGACCACGUUGCGAAAGCAACAUAUAGUUACGAUGCCGAGACCAAGGAGCUCAUCUCAUACGACGAUGUCCGAAGCACCGAUUUCAAGUCGGAGUAUAUACAGUGGCGCGACCUCGGCGGUGCGUUCUUCUGGGAGGCUAGUGGUGAUAAAGGGGGUUCCCGGAGCUUGAUUAAUACGAUGUCGAAGAACGUGGAUUGGCUCGACGAGACGCCCAACAACCUUCAUUAUCCGACUAGCCAGUACCGUAACAUACGACGGGGAAUGCCGGAUGAAUAA